CCGAAUCAGUCUUCUCUUCAGUGACAUAAUGAGAACAACGUCUGAACUCUGAACAUUAAAUCCCUAAUUUCCUUUUCAAAGGGCUUCGCUUUCUCCAGGGAAGAGGCUUUCUGGAGUGAAGCUUUCACCUGCUGUCUCGAACUCUACUGGAAAGAAGAAGAUUGCAAAUAUUGUCGCUGGGAUUUCAAAAGUUUCAGAAGCGCUGGUUGGGUCUGCAAAGAUUAGUAGGAAGAAUUGGGAUGGGAUACCAACUGCGAUGGGUUCAGGGGAGAUGAAAGAGAAGGGUGAAGCCAAGAAGAAACCGGAUCUGCAAGCGAUUUUGCAGACUCAGGAGAAAAAACUGAACACCAAGUUGAGGAAGUUAGCCCUAAUAAAGAUAACUAUGGAGGCAACAAUGAGAUUCCAGAGGGCACUGAUGACAAGGACCAUGACAAUAGUGAUGGUAAGGGAAUCAUCUGUAGGAAAUGAUCUUAAUAACUCCGGUGCCGCAUAUAUGUUUGGCAUAAUUGCAAAAAGAUUUAUCAGAUUAGCAAUUGUUCUUUUGAAGCAGUUGUUUUUCUUCUCUCUGCUAAAUUUUUAAGGUGCUUGAACUAUGUAUGAAUUUUUAUUUGAAGCAUAAUUUUUUUUAAUG